CUCUGGCUUGGAGUGAAUCUUCACCCACGGGUUUCUUCCCUUUAUUCCUAUAUUAGUCCCUGUCUCCUGGUGGAUUCUCCGGCAUAGAUCAAAUUGAAUGAAAUUUGCCUUGGUCUGAAAAUAGGAAAGUCUAUCUGGCUUUGCUCUCAGACAGCGAGAUGCCCAAGUUGAAAGGAGUCGAAGGCACAAAAUCCCACAAGAAAAUGCGAAGAAAAAGGUCCACUGCGAGUACUGUCAAAGGAAAAAGAAAACUUGGAGGCAAGGGUAAAAAGCAGUCUGGAAGGAGCGUGAGCCCUCGGAGCGAUUCAUCAGAGGACAGCGUAUUUAGCAAUCAAGCCUGCGCACCACGGACUUCGGGAAGGAUCAAAAAAAUGGCGGCAGUGUUCAAUCGAGAGGCGAGCUUUGAUGACAAUCGUUCUGAUGUUUAUGAUGACGAUGAAGAUAGGGGAUUUUUCCACAUGAACGAAUCAGAUGAAGAUACAGAAGAUGCAAGUGAAACUGAUAUGGCAAAGCUUGAAGAGGAGUUUACAGAAAUGAAAGAACAAAUGUACCAAGAAAAGUUACAGGAUUUUAAACAACAGCUACAGAAUUUGAACAGUGGUAAACAUUCUGACUACACUAAGAGGCUGAAUAAACUUGAUUUAGUUAGAACAGAGAGACUUCUCAUUGCAGACAUCUGUAGGAAGUAUGAGAUUGAGCUUGUUGAGAAGGAAUAUGUCCGUGAACAGAAAGCAGCACAAGAGGAGUAUGAGCAAAAGAAAGUUGAACUCAAAGAGACACUCCUAAAUGAACUACAAGAGAAGAAAAAGGUGAUAGAGACAGAGAGGUCAUCCAUGGAGCUCACCGGAGAUUCAGUGGAAGUGAAACCUGCUGUUACACGAAAACUGAGAAGAAGACCAAAUGACCCAUUACCUGCUCCUGAAAAAAGAAGAAAGACUUCUCCCCAGAUAAACUACAUGCUUGAUGAAGAAGAUAUCAUGGAAGACUUAAAAGCCCUCAACAAGUUGGUCUCUCUUCCAGGAGAGGUGUCAUCAUCACAAGGCCAGUCACAGAAUAAAACAGGAUCAAGCCGUCUUAAAACAUCCUCAGGAAACGGCUCACAUUCAGAAAUCUCAUACCCAGUUGAGGUCCGCUCUGAGGAUGGAAGGCUCUUAUAUGACAAAAAAUGGUUCCAUAAAGGGUGUGGUAUUGUUGUAGAAACAAGAGAGAAUGGAAGAUAUAGUGGAUCCCUUCAUUCUAUUGGCCAGUCAGAGAUAUGGAUCAAGAAAACUGAUAACACAAAAGUGCGAAUUUACAUUUCCUCACUGAUGAAAGGGAAAUUCCAUCUCAAGAAGAAAAAUUCCAGCAGCAGCAAUAAUAGCAUGAAUUCUGGUCCUUCAGUGAAUCACUCCAGUACAUAACAUUCAUUCUGAGGACAUUUAGGGUCAUUUAUAUCAACAAUUACUUUUAAUAAUUGAUGCCCCAGUCCAUAACUCUUAACUGGUAAUGUUUUCUUUGUUAAUAAAGUGACACCAGAUAAACUUUCCAUGCAUAUGGAGCAGCACUAAGAAAGAUUGAACUAACCAAAAAUGUUAAAACUGGGAACAUUUUCAGAGUUUAUCAUGCAAGGGGUCAUGAAAGUUUUGUUUCAGAAAUCCAAUUUCUUUGGCAAAAAUUUGCAGUCAAAAAAGUCUAUAAGAGAUCUACUUGUGUACAUUAUACCUGGUAACAGAGGUGCUGUUUGUGAAGGUCACAGAUAUUUAUUUGUAAACUUUGUCGAUAUAGAUUAGAGAGGGAAUUGUCUCCACUGGAAUCUGUAGAUGUCGCACUGUGUGUACCCUUGCUGGGAGUGUUCAGUUUUUAUCACACUUUAUAUCCAAUCCUUCUUUGGCUCUUGUAAAUUCCCUGAAUUAGAGUAAAUCUCUCUAAGUUCAUUACCCAGUUGUCAGUUUAUCACACUUUAUAUCCAAUCCUUCUUUGGCUCUAGUAAAUUCUCUGAAUUAGCAUAAAUCUCUCUAAUUUCAUUACCCAGUUGCCUAUCAUUUCGGUAUAAGUUUUGUGGUUCCUUGUAACUUUAGGAAACAUUGCAAACAGAACAAAAGGAAAAAAUUAACCUCUAGAGGUUCUUCUAUCAGCUGUGUUGAAAAUAAUUUUCUCCCAGUGUAAUUUCUCUCGUUUCCUGAUAAUCAAGGUCAACAUGCAUAUAUAUUUACUCAGUCAGAGAAUGUCAUUGCUGUAAAUAGUAACAUUCAACCAUGUAUUAAAAACUUUGAAACAA